AUGUCGAAACGACUUCUUUUUUUCACUGACACCCAGGUGGCUAGUCACGAGGCCCGAGGAUUACUUGACUCUGUCGGUCUCCACCAACUUAGAGGCAAUGUUCAUGCUUGGGUUUCACCCAUCAGGUGGGACCCUGGGGAAUCCCAUGCCAUCAUUGAACAACACUCGACACGCUAUCUCAGUUUCGAAAAGGAUGCCUUAGACGCUAUCACUGGUAUCUGGGGCAUGUUCGAAAAGCACAAUCCGGACUUCAGACAUAUCUUCGGGAUACCUUUCUGCACACGCCCCCUUCGACCGUCCUGCGUGUACCCGAGUCUUCUGUGGGCCCAUGUGAGUCCUGCGGUUCGACGGUUGGAGUUCACCAGUUGGUCUUUUCUGGGUUGGAAAGGAGCCGUUGAAUCAAAGCAUUUUGGACAGAAACCGGAUUCGUAUGAGGGCAUGAUUGAAGUCUCUGAAAACAACCAAUGGCACCCACUAGAGUCACUGCUCAAGACCACCACCGAGCAGUUCUAUAGCAUUACGGCGAAAAUGUCACCAUUACUGAAGAUGAACGCAAUUGCAGUGGAAUUUGGACUAGAGUUUAUCACAUGGAAUGUCUCAGAUCACGACGUACAUGACGGAUUCUAG